AUGGACUCACUCAACAACGUGGCCCUGCGCCCAUGGCCAGCCCCAAAGAAGGAGGAGCUGACGCAGGACGAUUUGCUGUUCAAGAUCGAGCAGCUGGCCAGUGAACGGGGACAUUUGCGCAACAUCACGGAACAGUCGCUCCAAGAAGACAUCGAUGCGGGCAAACAUGUACCAGCCGACGCUGAGGAAGGAGCAAAGGACGAGAAGAAGGACAAGGAAGUGCCAUCUCGACAGGAACAGCUGGAGAAGGUCUUCAAGGCAGGACAGGAAAUGUACAGCCACCUGGAAUGGGCCAAGUUCGCUGCUACCAACGCGCUCGAUCUCGUCUCGCUCGUACUCUCUCAAGACCCCAACAAGCGCAGCCUGAACUUUUUCAGCCCUACUUUUCGCGAUCAAGGCCUGAACCAGGGCAUACCACUCGGCUCCUUCGGCAUCAGCAAGGAGAACCAUGAACACCGUACUCGUAAAGUAGAAGAGCAGCAUCGUCUACAAGACCUGGCAUCCAAACAAGAGGCAGUGGCUCAAGGCGCACGCAUGGGAGCACUGGAUUCGUCGGUAGACGAGAUACUAAAGGCCGCAAAACACCUGGAGAAAGAGAUACGCCGCGAGACAAAAUAUUGGCAUGAGAUUGUGUCCGUCUCUGACAAAGGGUGGCCUAUUCAGCGACUACGCCAGAAUGUGCGCCAUGCGCCUUUUGCUGUGCGAUAUGGACUUCCCGAAGCUAGCGACCAUUUCAAGGCCCGUGGAUUCGCACCUCUCCAGAUGGACAAAGAUGGAAGUAUCAUACUAGAUCCAGCUCUUGCGUUGAAGCCUAAAACAUUUCGCGUGCGAGUCAGCAUCGACGGCAAGAUUACAGGUACAUCACAAAUCCCUGUCGACGGCGAUUUUGCAACCCGGUCUCUCGAGAAGUCAAUUCAACUUGCGCGUGACUCCCUACUCGAGGAAGAGCUGUAUUAUGAAAUGAGCUUGGAGACGAGGCAGCUCUUGGCGUAUGGUGUCGCAUUUCGGGAUUCAGUCAUCCACAUAGAUGCGCCCCAAAUGGGUAGUGCAUUCCAGGAUCGAAAGUUGCUCAUUGAUUGCAUACCUCGAGACGAUCCUAUAGCGAGCAACGAAGGUCAUGAGCACGACUGGCUCGCUCGCAAUAUUGCUGAAGCGCUUCGCUUGCUCCUCGCUCAUGAGCACAGCAUGCGUCUACACCGGAGAUCGCAGCUUCCACCUCCAUUGACCGGCCAGACACGGGAGAAGCUACCACCGCCUCUACUGCGUACGCUUCUCGCAAUACUUAACCACAUCGCUGGUGUUGACUCACUCUAUGCUUACCUCGAUUUGGUCGCAAAGACUCUGAAGGGUGCAGGCCUUGAUGCGACACUGGAGACCACGCGUGAGACAUCCUGGGCGAACCUCGUAGAGAGCCUAAAAACGACGUCAAGAAAGGGUCUGUCUGCAACCGACCAGCUGCUCGAAAUUUUCAUGAAGCCUUUCGAUGGGAAAGCUACAUUGACCCUCCCCACCUCCAACAGUGCACAGCCGGAAAAUCUCAUCGUUGUCACACGCACGAUCAUCGGUCAACCGACUUUUGGCACAGAGCACAAGCUUACACUUCCAUCCGCUUUGACUUCCGAUAUCGGAUUGUUCCAGCAACACAAGUUUGAUAGUGUUACAGAGUUGAAGUCAUAUCUCGACUGGAUUCUCUCCCUGCAUAUUGCGCAUAGACUUCUGAAGGGUGAGUAUGCUUCACGCGCGCAAACGAGAACCCAGGAUCCACGGCUCUCGAUUCGAACCAAGGACAGUAAGAAAGGCACGAAGCUCACCAAGGAUAUCAAAGUCGAUUUCAAUGACGGGGAAUUGAAGGUUACUGCUCUGGCUGUCGAUACCAUAGCAGAAUCAGGAGUCAGUGAGCAAUCGCAUGUUUGGAGCGGAGCUGCCGAUAGCACGUCUUUGAAAGAAGUUGUGCAAGAGUGGGUUGGCUAA